UCAGGCUGUGAAUCAGUCUGAGCGCGUAGACCUUACCAAUUAACAGCUCUCCAGUGACAAUGUGACACAAACGUCCGUGCUUCCUUAUCUCAACUUUUUUUAUCAUAGAUAGAAAUAGACACUUCGGGGGGUGAUUUUGCAUCGUUGGAAUUACUCCAGACAUAACCUUAACGUAAAACUGAGUUAUGCUGCAACAGCUGAAGACAAUAGUGCCUCUGGAUUUUUUAAAUUAUGACGAAACAUUUUUAGGCUAAAGCCAAACAACGAAAUAAACUCAUUACAAUGCCGACGGUAGCAGCCCCUGAAGAAACAAACGUAACGCUAAAUAGAGAAAUAAGUGAGGACACUGGUCUGUCCCACGACUCUGAGUACGAUGAUGAACUCGGAGUCCCAGACUCCCUCGACAUCACGAUAAUCGAGAAUGGAGAAACGAUAAAUCUCCCAGACAUAACUGAUGAUCACCUCAACAAGCACCAACGAAAAAUCAUUCCAUUCUCCUCGAUUCAUGCACCAGCAGUUAAAUUUAAGAACCCUAACACAAAUAUUUUUAUACGUGGUGAAGAGAUUCGAGUGAACAUCAUCGAAAAUGAAAGGAGUGUUACCACACACCCCAUCAACCCAAAUUUAUACACAAUUGAGUUUAAGCAUGGGCCAUUUGUUUGGACAGUUAAGAAGAGGUACAAACACAUUCAGCAUUUGCAUAACCAGUUGAAAUUGUACAGAGCUAGUCUGAAUAUUCCAUUUCCUACGAGGAGCCAUCGAGAGAGAAGGAAUAGUCUGAAGAAUUUGGAGGAGAAUAAGAAGAGGAAGUGCAGAGGAGCUUUGCCAAGAUUUCCGAACAGACCUGAUGCACUCCUCCCAUCCGAACUCGUUAGUCAUCGAAUGAAAGAAUUGGAGGAUUACUUAACUAAUUUAUUGAGGAUUGAGAUUUACAAACGUCAUGCAGAAACACUUAACUUUAUGGAACUGUCGUACCUCUCUUUCAUCGAAGACCUAGGUGGAAAAGGAAAGGAAGGAAUAAUCCUGAAACGAACAGGUUCAAGUGCGAAAGCAGGAUGCAACUUCUUUGGUCUCAUUGAAGGCAUGUGCUGCGUAAGACUCUACUACUUCUGCACAGCAUUAUGUGGCACGUGGCACCGAAGACAUCUGGUGGUCAAGGACACCUUCGUUGCGUACAUAACGCCAAAGGAUGGGAAGAUCAAGUCAGUGAUACUGAUGGACAACGGAUUCGAAGUGAGUUCGGGUAUGUAUGCUACUGGACUGAGGAAUGGACUGCAAAUUAUGAAUUCAAGCAGGCAUAUUGUGAUUAAGUGCUGGACACGUAGAAAGGCCAGGGAGUGGCUGGAAUUCAUACAGAGGGCAGCGAGUAAUCAAGGAAGACCAUUCAUCCAGCCGAACCCUCACCAAUCCUUCGCCCCCUACCGUGCGCACACCGCCUCCAACUUCUUCAUCGACGGUUCCUCCUACAUGUCGGCGAUCGCCGACGCUCUAGAAUCCGCCAAAGAGGAGAUCUUCAUAGCGGACUGGUGGCUCUCCCCAGAGAUCUACAUGAAACGCCCAAUAAUCGACGGGGACUACUGGCGCCUGGACAAGAUCCUCCAACGGAAAGCCCAGGAAGGCGUCAAGAUCUUCGUAAUGAUCUACAAAGAGGUGGAGUUGGCCCUCGGCAUAAACAGUUACUACAGCAAGCAGAGGCUCGUGGAGAAGUGUCCGGAGAACAUAAAAGUCCUCCGUCACCCAGACCACGCUCGAGUGGGGGUCUUCCUCUGGGCGCACCACGAGAAAAUCGUCGUGGUGGACCAGUCAGUGGCUUUCCUAGGAGGUCUGGACCUGUGCUACGGUCGCUGGGACACCAACGAGCACCAUCUGACCGACCUGGGGUCAGUCCACCAGUCCAGCAUCUACAUCCCAACGAGAGGAAAGAUCACGAGCACCAGCAGCAAGCGAACCAUCGAGACCCCAGCGGACAGUCACGUCCUCCUCUCCCUGGCCAUCGCCACCAACACAGUAGCCAUGGCCACCACAAAAUGCCUCCCCCUUCUCCCGAUCCCCAAACGCCAGUCUCUCUCGCCCCCGCCCCAGCACAAGUUCGACCCGACCCUCCUGUCACCCCCACAAGAAAUGGAGCAUCGAAAAUGCAACACCCCAGACCCUCAGAAGAAAAACCUCUUCGACAUGGCGAAGAACACUGUCGACAGGGUCAAGCAGAACGUCAAAAUGAAACGAAAAGAAUUGAUAAAUAUGGUUUACAACCCCCAGGAGAUCGCCAGCAGCGACGAUGAGGAUGAGGUGGACAACGUAGCUAUACACGAGCCAGUGGACAUUGAGGGAGUCCUGAGGAACAAUGAGGACAUCAUGAAGGGUCUCCCUGGAGCUGCGAAACUCUGGUUGGGGAAGGAUUACACGAACUUCAUAGUCAAAGAUUUCUACGACUUAGAGAGACCCUAUCAGGAUCUCGUGGACAGGAGCACCACCCCGAGGAUGCCCUGGCACGAUGUUGGGGUGAUGGUGCAGGGGGCCAGCGCUAGAGACGUGGCGAGACACUUCAUUCAACGUUGGAAUGCUAUAAAAAUGGAAAAGUCCAAGUUGAAUGCCACUUACCCAUUUUUACUCCCAAAAUCCUACAGCAACUUUGUUAAUCCUCAGGUGUUUGGGGAUGGGAGUUUGAAGAAUGUGAAGUGCCAGGUGUUGAGGUCUGUGAGCUCCUGGUCUGCUGGCUUUUUGGAGCCUGACACCCUGGAACAGAGCAUUCACGAGGCUUAUAUCGAGGCUAUUGCCAGGGCUGAGAGGUACAUUUACAUUGAGAACCAGUUUUUCAUCACGUUGGCUACUAUGGACAGGCACACAGUGAAGAAUAGAAUUGGGGAGACUCUGCUGAAGAGGAUUCUGAGGGCUCACAGGGAGGGGACAGUGUUCAGGGUGUUCGUUGUUAUGCCACUGCUGCCGGGGUUUGAGGGCGAGGUGGGGGGGCCUUCGGGGACUGCACUUCAUGCAAUCACUCACUGGAAUUAUUCAUCGAUAUCCAGGGGGAAGGAUGCUAUUCUUAAUAAGCUGGUGGAGGCUGGGAUCGACGAUCCCAGUGAGUACAUCAGCUUUCACGGUCUCAGGACUCACUCCAGGCUCAAUGGAACUAUGGUCACUGAACUUAUUUAUGUGCACAGUAAACUGAUGAUCGUGGACGAUAAGACUGUCAUCUGUGGGUCUGCCAACAUCAAUGACAGGAGCAUGAUUGCGAGUAGGGACAGUGAAAUUGCUGUCAUCAUUCAUGACGAGGAGUUCACUGAGGGGAGGAUGAAUCAGGGGUCGUAUCCUUGUGGAAGGUUCGCUGGGGGCCUCAGGAAACAGCUGUUCAAGGAGCACCUGGGGCUCCUGUGGUCGAAGGAGAGGGUCUCUGUUGAUGAUCCUAUUAGGCACUCGUUUUGGUCUGGGGUUUGGAAGGCCAGGAGCCAGAGCAAUACUGAGAUCUAUGAGGAGGUGUUCCAUUGCAUUCCCUCCGACAAGGCUACCAACUUCUCGACACUCAAGGCUUAUCAGAAUGAAGCUGGACUCUGUCAUUCUGAUCCUACCACUGCCAGGGAAAUGCUCGGGCGGGUCAAGGGACACUUGGUCGAUCUGCCUCUCAGGUUUUUGUGCGAGGAGACACUCACACCGGCUGCUGGAACGGUCGAGGGCAUGAUGCCAACUUCUUUAUGGACUUGAUUUUAGGUUUCAGGCCCGAAUGGAUUAUCUUUCGAACGUUAUCUCGAUUGUUUUUCCAUCUUCAUAAUC